AGGAAGCCAAAUUUUCUCUCUCGUUCUCUCAUUAUCUCCCUCUCUUCUCUGACCAUUUCCUUCUCUUUGAUCCGUGGGAAAAUCAAAAACCUAAGUUGAUCGAUUGGAAAUUUGGAAUCUCUCUCCGAUUUGAUUUGAAUCUCCGCUGGGGUUUGAAUCCUCCAAUGCGGUCUUCCGCAAGGCCGCGAACGAGCAGAAACGAGAGGAACAGAUCUGAAUCGGAAAGGCAUUGUCGGCGGGCGAUCGGUGGAUCUCAUGGUGAGGAUUUUGCGGCUGCGGGCGUCGUCGGUGGAAGCUAUAGCGACGGGAUUGGGCGGUUGUGCAACGAUUAUUGAAGAGGUAGAGAAGAAGACGAAGAAGACGACGACGGGGCUGCGAAAACGACGAUGCAGCUUCGCUUCUCGCCUAGCAUGAGAAGCAUCACGAUCUCAAGCAGCAAUGGCUUUAUUGACUUGAUGAAGAUCAAGGUCGCAGCUCGCCACAUCUCUUAUCGAACUCUCUUCCACACCAUCCUGAUCCUCGCUUUCCUCCUGCCUUUCGUCUUCAUUCUCACCGCGGUCGUUACCCUUGAAGGUGUCAACAAGUGCUCCUCAUUCGAUUGUUUAGGCAGACGGUUGGGACCAAGGCUUCUUGGUAGAGUUGAUGAUUCAGGGCAGAGACUUGUUAGAGAUUUUUACAACGUUCUUAACCAAGUGAAUACAGAGGUAAUUCCAGCAGACCUAAAGCUGCCAGAUUCAUUUAGUCAACUUGUUUCUGAAAUGAAGAACAACCAAUAUGAUGCGAAGACGUUUGCUAUAAUGUUAAGGGCAAUGAUGGAAAAACUUGAAAGGGAGAUGAGGGAGUCCAAAUUUUCAGAGUUAAUGAACAAACACUUUGCAGCAAGUUCCAUACCUAAAGGAAUCCAUUGUCUUUCUCUGCGCUUGACUGAUGAAUACUCAUCCAAUGCUCAUGCCCGCAAACAGUUGCCUCCUCCAGAGUUACUCCCAUUGCUCUCUGACAACUCUUACCACCACUUUGUCCUGUCAACCGAUAACAUCUUGGCUGCUUCAGUUGUUGUUACUUCUGCUGUGCAGUCAUCUAGUAAACCUGAGAAGAUAGUCUUCCAUGUCAUUACUGACAAAAAAACUUACGCGGGUAUGCACUCAUGGUUUGCUCUAAACCCCGUGUCCCCUGCUAUUGUCGAAGUCAAAGGUGUACACCAGUUUGACUGGUUAACCAGAGAAAAUGUCCCUGUGCUUGAAGCUGUAGAAAACCAAAACGGGAUCAGAAAAUAUUACCAUGGGAAUCAUGUUGCGGGGGCAAAUCUCACUGAUACAACGCCACGAACCUUUGCUUCUAAAUUGCAGGCUAGAAGUCCGAAGUAUAUAUCCUUGCUCAACCAUCUCCGCAUCUACUUGCCAGAGCUAUUUCCAAACCUCAAUAAGGUGGUAUUUUUGGAUGAUGACAUCGUGAUUCAACAAGAUUUGUCACCACUUUGGGAAAUCGACCUUGGAGGAAAAGUCAAUGGAGCUGUAGAAACUUGUAGAGGAGAAGACGAGUGGGUAAUGUCUAAGCGUUUCAGGAAUUACUUUAAUUUUUCCCAUCCCCUCGUAGCAAAGAAUUUAGACUCUGAAGAAUGUGCAUGGGCUUAUGGAAUGAAUAUCUUUGAUCUUAAUGCUUGGAGGAAGACAAACAUAAGAGAAACUUACCAUUACUGGCUGAGAGAGAAUCUGAAGUCAAAUCUAACAAUGUGGAAGCUUGGAACAUUGCCCCCUGCGUUGAUAGCGUUUAGAGGUCACGUUCAUCCAAUUGAUCCGUCCUGGCACCUGCUAGGAUUGGGCUAUCAAAAUAAAACCAGCAUCGAGAGUGUUAGAGAAGCUGCAGUUAUCCACUAUAAUGGCCAGUCAAAACCAUGGUUGCAGAUCGGUUUUGAGCACCUUCGACCAUUUUGGACCAAGUAUGUCAACUAUUCCAAUGAUUUUAUCAGGAACUGCCACAUUUUAGAAUCAUAGUUGAUCAGCCAGAGGAGCUAAAAACAAGAUACUGGACAAGGAAACGAAAGUGCAGUUUAUACGGGUUUGACGUUUCAAGUUUUUGGAGCUCAAGAUGACAAGCAGAGAAAUGGCAAAAGGGCAAUAGUUCCCCGUUCGAUAUUCCUGUCAUCCCUUCCACUUUUGCAGACAAUCACCAGCAUCCCUGUCACAGGCAUAUGAGAUUCAUUCUUUCAAUCUGUAACAUAGCAAUCCGUCUAUUUUUUUGGUUUGGAGAAGGAUAGUACUAUUGGUCUUCCCAUUGGAGGUUUUGCUUGAUUAUUUAGUGCUUAUUUCAGAAUAAAGUGAGAUGCAGAACGUUAAAGAUUGCCUGUCUCCACUCCAUCAUGCUGAUUGGUGCACGGAAGAAGAAGGUUAAGCCCUUCUGUCAGGUUCCCCCACAUUAGCCCAAAUAUGUUUUUGCCCCUCAAAUUUUUUAUUUCUCUUUCAUUUUUUUUUUUCAAUUUAUCAUUUUUGUUAGUACCCAUUUCUUCCCUUUAAUUUCAUAUCUUUAUGGAGAAUUUUAGGAGUAGUUCCCUGAGAUUGUUUUGUUACAGAUCCCAUUGAAAUGGGGAGCUCUACUUAGAACAUAUAUCAAUAUCUGCUAUGUACGAUUCACCACAGACGUUUGAAAUGUGCAGAAAAUUCUUUACUUCGAUUA